AUGGAUUGUUGGGAGAGUAGCUCGGUUGAGCUUUUCACACGAAAACUGGUGACAAUUCGAAAUUCGAGCAUCGUUUAUCGGCCGGAAACUCUUGAACAAGGCAAACUCGAAUUAGUUUUCUUCAGCUUAAAAGUCGCCAAAAAUUGGAAAAUUGAACUCGCCAGAAUUCAAUUGCAAAAUUUCGUGAUACCACAUUUCAAUAAGGAGAAAUUUGACGGAUUCCUUCUUCAAAUUAUUCGUGAGACAUCAUCGACCGGUAUACCGCUAAUAUUGCGCGAUGGAAUUGAAACGACCACAGCAAUCUACAAUGUCGCCGAAUCGAUUCCAGAAUAUCGAUUUAAAUGUCACGAGCCUCCGCCACCGAAAAACGAGCCGAUUCGAAUGAAAGACGGCAUUUGCAAAUGGACGAGAAAAAAUUCGAUGGAAUGGGAGCGCCAGCGAAUUGAGAAUUGUUCGGCCGUCGAGAAUGCGAUCAUCGUUUUGGAUUGUUGGAAACGCGACGAGACACUGAAAUUCGUCAAAAAUUUGCGAAUCAUCCGCAAUUGUGGAAUUCUCAUUCGAGCGCACGAGGAUAUCGAUGAAUUGGACUUUGAAAAUAUUAUUGAGGCGAGCAAAUCGUUUUUCGAUUUUGCUGGAACAUUUUUGACAAAAAUCGAAUUUGCACAAAAGGCGAAAUUGAAGAUUUUCGAGAAUAUUCAAAUGCGGAUUCCAAAACAAAGGAUUAAAAAUGAAAGUGUGGAAUAUUUGAAGGGUCUCGGCAACAAAAUCGAUAUUGAGCUAGUCGGAUUGACCGUUUCUGAUGUUCACGUCUACGAUUUGACCGAUAUCGAAUUGGAGCCGGAAAGUCGCGCUGUUUGCCGUGGGAUUUUCGAACAAUGGGCGCAAUACCAAAAAAUUUUAAUGGCGCAAGCGAUUUACACUGACGACAAUGGAAAAAUCGUCGGGCUCGCUCUGUGCCAAGUGCCCGUCGCUGAUUGCCCGCUGCUCGGCGUCGAAACGAGCAAUGUCUAUUUGCUGAUCGGCAUCCAAUUGAUCACCAACACGAUGCACUUGAAAGACGUCGAAUUUCAGUACGACGACACCAAAUUCCAGAUCACCAAUUCUUCCAAAUGGCCAAUUGGAGCGUUCGUCGAUCGUGGAAACCUCUUCUUCAAUCGGAUACUUGUGAAAGGAAAACAACGAUUCGAGGCGAAAUCGAGUUGUCACGAGAAGAUUUUGCAAAAAGAGCAAGCCGAAUCGAUACUGUUCGGCAACGGCUAUUACGUCUACAAAUUUGAGCCGAAUGAGCGCGGAUUUACGACGAUGGGCUGGAAAUCGAUGUACUUCCAACCGCGGACCCUCGGCAAAUUCAUUGUCGACGAAUCGCGACACCUCAAUCCGAUUUGA